AAUGAUAGAACAGCGAGCUCUGAAGAGCAUGGCAAUGAAUCCGUCGUUACACCGCCGAAAAAUGCUAUUCCUAAUAUGCCAACUACGUUACAAAGUGCAAGAGCAGGAGCAGGAGCGGACUUCCUUGGUUUGCCUCUUGUCGAGGCUUCCUCAAGCGUUUCAUGCGGACACCGGACCGGGCACUGUUGAGUUGAAAGUUUCGUCAAAAGCUAAGAGUACUUGGUCGUUUAUUCGCGAGCUUCCGUUGAAAGACCUGGAUGAUUUCGUCAGAAGUUGGGAGCAGGGAUUUCGACUAAAGUCCGAGAACACGCCGGCUAAGGGUCGAAUGCGAUACUACAAUUGUAGCCGGAUCAAAGUACGUGCAAAGCCUCAAUGUACGCGACAACUAUUGGCCUUUAUACCCAACACUACAGGAGACGUGUCAGUCAGUGCUAAAGGACAACAUAGCUGCCAUGAAGCCCCAGCCGAAAACUUGGCACGGUCCAAGUUAGCAACCGGAGAUAAACAACUGAUUGAUAAACUAGUAGGAUCGGGUAUACCGUCGAUGCAUAUUAAACUACAGCUUCAAGCGAACAAUGGCAACUUUGCCAAAGGCUCGCUGAACUACGCAGUGAAAUCUUCAAGAGAAAAACUGUUCGGCACUGGAACGAUGUCUUUUGGUGAGCUGGAAACUUGGCUGUCAUCUAGAUGUGCUGUACCAGAUGAUGCUCGCGAGGCUUUCAUAAUCGGAAAAGACGUCGACCACGAUAACAGAAAAUUUCGGAUCAUAAUUUCUUCGAAACGUAUGCUCUCAUACCUCUGUCGUUUUACAACGAUCGCUGCUGAUUGCACAUUUAAAAUCACUAUGCAGGGGUAUCCACUUCUUGUAAUCUGCAUAAUCGAUCAAAUGAGAAAAGCGCACCCUGUUGCAUUUGCUUGCAUCAUCAAUCAGGAGCAAAUCGAUUAUACGUUCGUUUUCCAGACCCUUGUUUCCGCGGCUGUAAAUCAAGGUGGAGAUGUCAGAGUUGCUAAUUUCCUUAGUGACGGGGAACUGGCGCUAAAGAACGCGGCGCGUUGCGUCUUCGGACAAGCUGUCGUGCUACUUAACUGUUAUUUUCAUGUCAAGGAAAAUAUAAUCAAACACUUCAAAAAGCACCCUGAGAUGCCUAUAGAGGUUCAGGAGCAGCUGAAGCGGGAAGUGGCGCUAUUGCAAAUAGCACCAACCAAAAGACAUUUUGGUGCCGCAUUGGAGCUAUUUAUAGCGAAGUAUAGUAUUUACGAAUCGUUCACAGCGUUUUUCGAUAAGUACGCUCACAAUGAAAAGUAUUCGGAAUGGUACGAAGCGGCUCUGCCAGGAGUGCCCGCUACCAAUAAUGGUGUGGAAGCGAUCAACAAAUCGAUUAAGUACAAUUAUUUGAAGCGCCAUAAAGAGCCUUUCUCGGCAUUUAAAGAGCAAAUAAUGCGUAUUACAGAAGCGUACAGCGACCCAGAUCGUUUAGUGGUAUCGGAGAGGCAAGUAGCUCUCGCCGAUGAAAGGAAAGCUUUCGAAUACCUUAAGACAGCCAAAAAGUUGCGAACAGUAAUCCAAAACCAUCAAGGCAGAGUAUUCGUUUAUCUCCCGGGAAGGGGAGUUAACGAAGUGACACAGCUGGACAUCGAAAAUUUUGAGAACCCUGAAUAUACUUCCCUUGAUGCCUACAUGGAGGAGCUGGGUAAAGUUGCCCGUGUGGAGGUUAGAGGGAGUAGAUUCACGGCAUGGAUCUGCACGUGUAAAAACUUCUUUAAAACUAAUGGGUGCGCCCAUAUACUGGUCGUUGCUGUUAAAAGGAAAUGCUAUACUCUCCGGGCUGAAGCUAACACCGAAAUAUUAUCUUCGAAGAAGCCAUGUGGACGGCCAAAAUUUAUCACGAAAGCACUGUGUAGAGACUAAUAUCAGUGAAGCAGUAGCCGAACGUCAGCUGGUAAUAAAAGUCUCUAGACAAAAUUUUAUUAAUUGUCAUUGUUAACUACAUUUGAUAUUUCAAUAAAUAACAGUCCUAUGUCCAUA